AUGAAUUCACUUUUAUCUAGUUUUUCUUCGAAUCCUUCAUCGAACACCAACAUCGUUGAUAAUUGGCCGUCAGCAUCAAAUUUUACUCAAUUUGUACAUGAUGCUCAAUCGUUUCUUCUUCUCCUUUCUCAUAUUGAAGAAAUUGGUUGGUCAUCAAUACGACUUACUUCAUUAUUGAACGAUUCAAUGCUUACACUUCAUUAUACAUAUAUUGAUUUAGGAGAUCGUUCACAUGAUUUAUAUAUUGAUAUACCACACCGAUGGCCAAAUGAACGACCACGUUGUCGUACACAUCUACCAGUUGAAUUUUCUAUUGAAACAUGGUGUCCAAAAACAAGUCGUCUUCUUGAAAUUAUCAAUAAUUUUCGUUCAGUUGUUGAUAGUUUACAAUCAUUCUGGGCUCAACUAACUGAACUAGAACGAGAUGCAAUCGUCUUGGAUGAAAAACCUAUUUCAUGUGCUUCAACAAUAAGACGUUUAAAAAUUAAUGAUAAUAUACAUGUAAAAAUUCAGAUUGAUCCAUAUAAUCCAUGUGCAUUUCCUUCCAUUACAUUUCAUGGUCCGCAAAUGAUAGUUCGGUCAUUUGAUGAACUUCUUGAACAGAAUCGUCAUCAUUGGAAUGAGGCACAUUCAAAUAUAAUACUAAAUCUUGAACAUAUGUUGGAUAUAACAUUUCCAAGUAAUAUUUUUUUUAAAUCAAAAUCUCAAUUGAAAGAUGAUCAACAACAAGAAUGCGGAAUAUGUUAUGAAUCAACUCUUAAUGUGAACGAAACAGUUAUUUAUUGUGAAACACCAAAUUGUUUUAAGCAAUACCAUGAAAAAUGUUGGAAAAGUUGGCUGAGAAAAAAAGUUCCGCAAAGAGGUGGUUGUGAUGUUUUAGAUAUUGUUGUUGAUGAACGAAUGAACACAACAACAGCUAGUGGACCUUGUCUUUUUUGUAAAAAAAAUAUCAUUGUGAAUUAA